AUGAUCAAUUCUACAAGUUGGCUUCUUCUUCGGCAAGGAUUGCCUUUUCGUGGCCAUGAUGAGUCUGAUAAUUCAAUGAAUCAGGGAAACUUUCUUGAACUUUUACACUAUAUAACUGAGCAAAAUGAAGAAUAUAGAUUAGUAGCAUUGGAGAAUGCUCCUGGACAUGAUAAAUUGAUUGCUCCUAUUGAUGAAGCUCGUGAUGGAUCCAACAAAGAGCAAAUGGCAAAUAUCUUAUGUUAUGUAAAUAAAAGAGGAUGUGUUGUUGAGUGUCUAUUGAGCAUUAUGCAUGUCACAGAUACGAUUUCUUUGUCACUAAAGAUGGGAAUCGAAACAUUGUUCUCUAAAUACAAUUUGAGCAUAUCAAGAUUACGUGGACAAGAUUAUGAUGGUGCAAGUAAUAUGCGAGGUCAGUUUAAUGGGUUAAAAGCACUUAAAUUGAAAGAUAACGAAUAUGCCUUCUAUGUUCACUAUUUUGCUCACCAACUUCAACUAGCACUUGUGGUUGCGGCAAAAGAGGAUACAAAUAUUGAGAGACUUUUUUUGAAAGUUUCUUGUGUGAUAAAUAUUGUUGGAUGGUCACCUAGACGUCGGGAUCUUCUUAAUGAGAAACAAGUUUUGAAGGUGAAAAAAGGAAUUGAAAGUGGUGAGCUUUCAAUAGGGCAAGGCCUUAAUCAAGAUAUUAGUCUUAAGCGGCCAAGGGAAACACGGUGGGGUUCAAAUUAUGGGACUUUAUUGAGCUUGAUUAAUUUGUUUUCAUCUGUUAUUGAAGUGCUUGAGGAUCUUACUGAAAAUUCUGACAAUAGAAUUGAAGCAAGUGAUUUGGUGGAUUAUACGACUUCUUUUGAUUUUGCUUUUAAUCUACACAUGAUGAAAAACAUUUUGGGAAUCACAUUUGAACUUGCACAAGCAUUGCAAAGGAAGGAUCAAAAUAUUAUAAAUGUUAUGUCUUUGGUUCACUUGUUGAAAAGAAGAUUAUUGUUGAUAAGAAAUAAUGGAUGGGAUAAUCUACUUGAUGAAGUUUCUUAUUUUUGCAUUGCUUAUAAUAUAAAUGUGCCAAAUAUGUAA